CUCACUUACCCAGAACCUGUCUCUUCUCUCUUCUUUCUUUGUUAUACCCAUUGUUUUCGUAUUUUCCCCAGCAUGUCUCUCCGAAUACCAGCAAAGAGAGUAGUCGCUACUCUAAAAGCGAGCCAUGCGUCGUCUUCUGCCAAUGCCAUCUUCAAGAGGAAUGCAUCUCAAGCAACCGCAGCGGCAACAAACCUCCCGCAAGAGACUAGGAACGAAAUAUAUCGUAAUGCCACCCUCUCAAACCCUGAUCCUCCUGCAGAUUCUGCAACCGCUGCUCUCGUCAAUGAACAAGCCCCAUAUAUGCUGAAGACCUACGCUCGCCCACCACCGAUGUUUGUAAAGGGAGAGGGAUGCUAUCUAUGGGAUGUCGAGAACAGAAAAUAUCUGGACUUCACUGCUGGAAUAGCUGUCAAUGCUUUGGGACAUUGUGAUCCUGAGAUGGCCAGAAUUAUUGCACAGCAGGCCAAGACCUUGAUCCACACCUCGAACCUCUACCACAAUCCAUGGAUUGGUGCCCUCUCCGAACUGCUGGUGAAGAAGACACGAGAGGCUGGUGGCAUGCACGAUGCUCAAUCAGUUUUCAUCUGCAAUUCUGGUACAGAAGCCAACGAAGCAGCAAUCAAGUUUGCACGAAAGUCUGGAAAGGUCGUCGAUCCUUCGGGAGAGAAAUAUGAAGUUGUUUCGUUCAAUAACUCAUUCCAUGGACGAACAAUGGGAGCUCUGUCUGCGACGCCGAACCCAAAAUACCAGAAGCCUUUCGCACCAAUGCUGCCCGGCUUCAAAUAUGGGACUUACAAUGAUAUUGAUGGGAUCAAUGAUUUAGUAACGGAGAAGACUUGCGGUGUCAUUGUCGAGCCUAUUCAAGGAGAGGGCGGAGUCAAUGUCGGCACAGAGGAAUUCCUGGUUGCCCUUGCAAAGCGAUGCCGAGAAGUGGGGGCAGUACUGAUCUAUGAUGAGAUCCAGUGUGGUCUCUCGCGAACAGGAACCUUUUGGGCACACGCAUCACUACCAAAGUCAGCACACCCAGAUAUUAUCACCACUGCGAAAGCAUUAGGCAACGGCUUCCCCAUCGGAGCUACGAUUGUGAACACAUCUGUAGCAGAGAAGAUCGUAGUCGGUGACCACGGCACCACAUUCGGUGGAAACCCCUUAGGUGGUCGUCUAGCGCAUUAUAUCGUCAGUCGACUCUCGGAUCCCAACCUCCAGGAGUCAGUUGUGGCAAAGAGCAAGAUCAUGGUCAAGCACCUCGAACAACUGCAGAAGAAAUACCCAGAACUUGUGAAAGAGAUUCGAGGCAAAGGGUUGAUUCUCGGGUUACAGCUGACUCAAGACCCUACCCCAAUCGUUACAGCAGCACGAGAGAGGGGACUGUUGAUCAUCACUGCUGGCAAGAAUACAUUGCGAUUCGUGCCAAGCUUGUCUAUCAAAGAGGAGGAGAUUGAGGAAGCGUUCACCAUUCUGGACGAGGCGAUGAGGGUUGCGACUUCGCCAGGGGAGCACCCUGCUGGGAAGCAAGUCAGUGGGGAGGUAGAUUCGCCGAACUGAAUACUUGGGCGUACAUCGUUGGGCUCCUGCUGGAGCUUGGGGUCAUGGCGUUUAGGUGUAGAAAAUCUUUGAUAAUCAUUUGCUUGCAAUGGGUGGUAAUGCAUGAUUUAAAUCAGAAUUUUUCCAAGAGCCGAGGAGUUGCACUGAGCUUGAUUGUUCAUUCCCGAGAUGAGUAUUUGGGUUCAACCGUCCUGUGCGUACGUGGAAGGUUGAGAAGAAAUGAGAGGGCCAGGGCCUUGGUGGUAUCACGUGUCAUUCAAUUCAUGAAAGCACAUUCUGCGUUCGAACUUUUACGCUCUGAGCAGGACAGUGAAAAGGUAUACCACACCUAGACCCAAAUCGCUUCAGAUACUUGAAUCCUUUCGAACGCCAUAUUUGAAUAAAUG